AUAUUAAAAUUAACAUUUCCCUCUGUUUCUCUUUCUUCCAAUUCCAACCAUUUUCUCUACCUUUUCUCUUGUUGCAAGAUUCUUCUUUCAACCUCUUUUCUCUUGCAACAACAACAAUUUCAACAUACUAGCUUCUUCUCUUAUUCAAUUUCUAUGCAAAAGGUUCAAGCUUUUUCACACAUGAUUUUGUUGACAAAUUGAUAUAUUCAACGCUGUGAUUGAUUCUGGGAUCUGGCAGAAGCAGAAAACGUGUGGAUCUCUGCAAUUUCUGCACUUUUUCUCAUCUGGGUUUUGUUGAUUUCGUUUUUUGGCUAAUGGGUUUCAGAUAUAAAGCAGGAUUGUUCCUUAUAGGUACUGUUGUUAUCAUUUGGGUCUCUUCUGCUGAAGUCACCCAGGAUAUAUAUACAGAUUAUAAGCAGCCAUUUGCGGUGACAUAUCUUGGAGCUUCUCUCAUGGUAGUUUACCUCCCAAUAGCAUUCAUUAAGGAUUGGUUCUGUAAAUUGCUUAAACACCGCUCUUCUAAAAGUGGAAAUAAUGCAGACAGUGGCUCCCCAUUCAAAGGAAAUGGUGCGCAGAAAAUGUUUGAAAUGGAACAAGGGAUUGUGGCUCGAAAAGACAGUGAUUUAGACCUUCCAUCUCUUGCAGAGAAAGCACCAUUGGUGGCUAAGUAUAAUGAAACUAGUGUGGCAAAGGAAGAAAAACAACUUACUACAAAGGAAAUUGCUACUUAUGGAUUUUACAUUGCACCUAUCUGGUUUAUCACAGAGUAUCUAUCAAAUGCUGCACUUGCACGUACAAGUGUUGCGAGUACAACAGUAUUGUCAUCUACUUCAGGACUAUUCACUCUUUUCAUCGGUGUGUUAAUGGGCCAAGACACUAUAAAUGUAUCAAAAGUAGUUGCUGUAUUGGUCAGCAUGGCUGGGGUUGCCAUGACAACUCUAGGCAAAACUUGGGCUGCAGAUGACUCGCAACUUAGUGCUUCCAAUGGACCGCGCUCUCUUGUUGGAGAUCUUUUUGGCCUUCUCUCAGCCAUGUCAUAUGGUCUAUUUACUGUUCUUCUGAAAAAGUUUUCCGGCGAAGAAGGUGAACGGGUUGAUGUGCAAAAGCUGUUUGGAUAUAUUGGAUUGUUUACACUUGUAGCACUAUGGUGGCUUAUCUGGCCGUUAUCGGCCUUAGGAAUUGAACCUAAGUUUGCGAUUCCCCACUCUGCCAGAAUGGAUGAAGUAGUUCUUGCAAAUGGGUUUGUUGGAAGUGUUCUCUCAGACUACUUUUGGGCACUCUGCGUUGUAUGGACAACUCCCCUUGUAGCCACUUUGGGCAUGUCACUCACCAUUCCACUUGCUAUGAUAGCUGACAUGGUAAUCCAUGGUCGGCAUUAUUCAGCAUUAUACAUUCUUGGCUCAGUUCAGGUAUUUGCAGGGUUUGUGAUAGCUAAUAUUUCAGAUUGGAUGACAAAGAGGUUUGGAUUGUAACACAUGAUGAUGAUGUUUUGUUCAUUAGUUUGGGGACAACACUUAUUCUUUUUUUUUUUUUGGUUGAUUAUCUUUCCACUCCUCUGAUUGAGUGUCAUAGCAAUAGUCAAUAUAUGUUGAAAACCAAAGCCUUUAACCUUGGUUUUUAUUUUUUGUUUGUAAUUUUCAAGGAAAACAACAAAAGAGUGUUGUUUUCAUGAUGUAUUUGUUCUGUGUAUAUACUUGUAUUCUAUA